GUUUGUUCCAUUUUUAUGAUCUGCCCUGCCGAUCUGUACUACUCUUGCUCACUGUACCUAUCCAGUAUUUACAACCUUCUCAUGUAAUCAAUAUAUGUUUCAAUCAUUAUAUACAUUUUAUGGGAGAGUUGUUACAUUUUAAGGUCAUUUACAAAUAGUAUAAGCUAAUACAAAGUAAAGACCUAAUAUCAAAGAUAAUAAAUUUAUGUUACUGCAGAGAAUUGUUAACCUAAAAAAGAUCGAUGGACACUGUGUAUGAGAUUGUUGAUCAAGUUUUGGUGUUGCGAAUAGGUAGUUUUGUGCUUGAACUGAAUCUUAAUCAAGUCUGGCCUGUUCCUGUUUUUUCCUUUGUUUAUUUUUUAUUUUGGAAAAAGACUGGCUUUAUCAAUAUAAAAACUAAAGCUCUCCAACUAUCAGAUAAGCCAAAUAGUGAUGAUAAGUUAUAUGUGGCAAAAGAUUUGAGUGCUCCUGCAUUACCAGGAUGGGCUGCAAAUGUAUACAGAAAGGCUUUAAGAACAGUGAUUGGGAGACGUUUUUUACUUGCAAUGGCCAAAUCUCAGGCUGAUAUCAAUAUAUUUAUGAGCAUUUCUCUACCGGACAAUCCAACCUAUUUUCCAAUUAUUUUACCUGUUGAAAAGAUACUAAAAGAAGAAAGAGAAAAUGAGAAAACAAAAGGUAGAAUUAUAGACUGUUGGAAACUCCUAAAGCCAAGCUCGUCUAAUGAGUUUGCAUUUAACACAAUAUCUGAUUAUAUUGAAGCAUACAGAAAUGGAGUAACAACACCAACUGAUGUUGCUCAUAAAAUUAUUGAUGCCAUUGUGGAUUCAGAAAGCAGAUCACCGAAAAUGAGAAUUAUUAUAGAAUAUCAUACAUCAAACAUUCUUUCACAAGCUGAAGACUCAACCAAACGUUGGAAAAAUAAUACACCUUUAUCUGUAUUUGAUGGAAUUCCUGUGGCAGUUAAAGAUGAAAUGUAUUUAGCUGGUUACCCAUGUCGUAGUGGUAUGCCUCUUCAAGAAUUUAGUGUUGUAAAGUCUUUGCAAGAUGAAGGAUGGAUGGUGAGUAAGCUUAGAGAAGGUGGUGCUAUCUUCAUAGGAAUGGCUAAUAUGCAUCAACUAGGGAUUGGGACUACUGGAAUCAAUCCAAGCGUAUACCAUGGAACUUGUCGUAAUCCAUACAAUGUUAAUCACUCUGCUAGUGGAAGCUCUAGCGGUCCUGCUGCUGCUGUUGCUGCUGGAUUGUGUCCAAUAGCUUUAGGUGCAGAUGGUGGCGGUUCUAUUAGAAUACCUGCUGGUACUAAUGGAAUUGUUGGAUUGAAAGCUACUUUUUCCAGAAUAAGUGGAACCGGUUUUCGUAAAGUAUGUUCUACAGUUGCUCACCCAGGCUUUGUCUGCUCUACUGUUCGUGAUUCUGCAAUUGCAUAUGGUUUUCUAGCUGGACCUGAUUGCCAGGAUCCUAUUGGUUUAGUGCAGCCUUUGCCAAAUCUUUUGAAUUUUGAAAUAAAAGAUUUGUAUGAUAUUAAAAUUGGAGUGGAUUGGACAUAUUUUAAUCAUUGCAAUCCUGAAAUUGCUACUCAUUGCAAACAAGCUGUCGAUUAUUUGGUAAAUAGAUGUAACGCAAAGUUAGUGGAGAUUUCCAUACCAGAGCUUUAUGAAGCUGUUCGAGCACACUGUAUAUCUAUUUUAACUGAAAUGGCAACUAAUUGUAAAGAGAUAUAUAACAAAUAUCACGAUAAACUUAACACGGAUUCAGAAAUAAACUUACAAAUUGGUGGAUCAUUUACUGCAAUUGAAUAUUUCGAGGCUCAGAAACAACGUACGCGCUGCAUGAAUAUUCUUCAGCGUUUGUUUUCUUCUGUUGAUUGUAUUGUUAAUCCAACUUUUGGUGACUUCAUGCCAAAACUAAAUGAGGAUAUGCUUAAGCACGGUUACACAAAUUUAGUGCAUUUAUCAAAUGUAACAAGAUUUGCAUCGCUUGGUAACUUGACUGGACAUCCGUCUGUUUCAAUACCAAUUGGUUAUUCCAUAAACCAUCUUCCUAUUGGUUUGAUGGUUCAAGCAUCGUGGUGGAGAGAAGAUCUUGUUUAUCGAGUAUCUCAUGCUUUAGAAGGGUAUUGUAAGAUACGCAAACCUGAAGUAUACUACGAUGUUUUGGCAGUCCACCCGUCUCAUCAUACAAAAUAAAACAAACACUAUGAUGAUUGCAUUUGCAUGUAAACACAUUUAAAACAAUUAAAUGUGUCUGUGUGUCAAUAAGGUGUUCAGUUAGGUGUGUUUAAGUCAGCUAAAUCUAUUUUCGAUACUUGAAUGAAGCUAUGAACGGAAAUAUUGCAUAUUAUUUAUACCAAAUUAUUGGUUGAACAAAGAAUGCUGUUUUAUUGUUUUAGCACAAAAGUCAAAACAAAAAAUUUCCUAUUAUAUCUUGCUCUAGACAAAAGAAAAAACUUAUACCUAGUCGGUUUUUUAUUUGUACUUUAAGUGAACAUAUUUUAUUUGCACAACUAUCGAUGUACAAUUUUGUUUGAAUUUGCAAUAUACGAUGCGCAUGUAUGUCAAUUUUUAAGAAUAGAUUUUUUUUAAA